AUGGAAAGAGACGAGAAUUCCCUCACAGAUGCCUUGGGUUUCGGUGGCGAUAGCGGUGGCGACCGACCUCUAGCCGCGCAAUUCUCCAACACCCUCCCAGACUUCCCUCCGGAACUGACCCAGCCAGCCGGUUGCUCUCACAGCCCCAGAGCUCCGUCCGUGGCGUUCGCCGAGCUCCUGGACUGAGCGGGGGGCGUGGGCCUCUUCCAGGCCCUGAAGGUUCUCACUCUCUUCCUUCCCUCCGUCUUGGUGCCCUCCCACAUACUCAUUGAGAACUUCUCGGCCGCCGUGCCCAGCCACCACUGCUGGGCGCCCCUCCUGGACAACAGCACCGCCCAGGCCGGGGUCCCCGGGGCCCUGGGCCCCAAGGACCUCCUGACCGUCUCCAUCCCCCCGGGCCCCAACCACGAGCCCCACCGGUGUCGCCGCUUCCGCCAACCCCAGUGGCAGCUCCUGGACCCCAACGGCACGGCCACCAACUGGAGCGAGGCCGCCACGGAGCCGUGCGUGGACGGCUGGGUCUACGACCGCAGCACCGUCACCACCACCAUCGUGUCAGAGUGGGACCUAGUGUGUGACCACAAAGGCCUGAAGCCCAUCGGCCAAUCCCUCUUCAUGACCGGGAUGCUGAUAGGGUCCUUCUUCUGGGGCCUCCUCUCCAACCGGUUUGGGCGGAAGUGGAUACUGAACUCGUGUUAUCUACAAAUGGCUUUGGCCAACACCGGCGUGAUCUUCGUUUCCCAUUUCUUCAUCUACUGUGGCCUCCGGGUUCUGAGCGCCUUUGCAAUAUCCGGCAUCAUCAUGACCUCGGGGAUGCUUCUGGUGGAGUGGACCACGACCCACAGGAGGGCUGUUACCGUGACAAUCCUGGGAUGCUUCUACAGCCUGGGCCAGAUGGCCCUGGGGGCCCUGGCCUUCACCCUGCGGGACUGGCGCACCCUCCUGGUGGCCGUGUCGACACCCUUCUUUGCCAUCUUUCUGAUAUGCUGGUGGCUUCCAGAGUCUGCCCGAUGGCUCAUUAUCACGGGCGAACCAGAGCAAGGGCUGCAGGAGCUCCACAAGGUGGCCAAGAUAAAUGGCCACAAGGAAGCCACAAAGUCACUAACCGUAGAGGAGCUGAUGACCAGCAUGGAGGAAGAGUUGACCUCUGCGAAGGGCCGCAGGUCUGUGCUGGAACUGUUUCUCAUGCCCACGCUCCGCUGGCGGACCUGCAUCAUGUCCCUGGUGUGCUUCUCCCAAGUGACAUCCUACCAGGGGCUGGUCCUUGACCUGCAAAACCUGGGGAAGGACAUCUUCCUCCUCCAGGCUCUCUUUGGAGCCGUGGACCUACUGGCCCGGUGCAUCACAGCUUUCUUGCUCAGUUUCUUGGGCUGCCGCACAACCUUGGCCAGCUUCCGGGUUAUGGCUGGCCUCUCCAUACUGGCCAACAAACUGGUCCCACAAGAUUGGCAGACCCUGCACAUGGUCUUUGCUGUGCUGGGAAAGGGAUGUUUUGGCAUCAUCUUUUCCUGUGUCUCGGUCUACAAGCCUGAACUCUACCCGACUGCACUGCGAACCUUCUGUUCGGGUGAAAUCUUAGAAGAACCCUCAGCGAGACCAAGAGCUGCCCUAGUGAAGUGCCCUCCGUCCCCCCACUUGCUUCCCACUGUCCCCUCCCUGCCCCAAGAGAGCCCUGAGUCACCUUGCAACAACCCAAGGGCACCACGGGCCACAGAUGGAAAACCGGUGGUGGACCCCGACACCGUCCAGGACCUGGAGAACCAGAAAUCGGCAGCGGCCACGGGCAACCGGCGAGAGGUGGUCGUUACAGAAAGUACCUCGUUCUAGAAAUUCUGCCUGUGUGGAACCCCUUUGGCCAAAGAUCCCCACGGACGGAACCGCCUCCUCUCCAACUGAGGGUGGAAGAAAUCAGAAGAACCUUGAGAGUUAGGCGGGGCCGGGGCUGGGCGUCUGGGCGCUGAGGCCGAAGGCUGCUUUCUCCCCUCACUUCUGUUCUCCCCCCACCUCAGCCCUGCAGAGCCGAGUCCGGCUGGCUGAUCGAGUCCACACCACUAACAAGACGGGUCCUUUCUCCUCCCCGUCAGGCUCCCGUCUCCACACCUUCACUCAGAACUCCUGACACUUCACUGACCCGGGCACCACAGUUUUCUCACCUCCAGGCUACCAGAGUGGAUCACAGGGCAGAAAGGGAAGGGUCUAGACAAACCUAGGUUCCAAUCUCUCCCCCCAUCCUCUGCAGAGUCCUCGUCUGUAAAAUGGAAACAAUCAUGAAACCUUCCUCCACGGGGCAGGGGGUGGUGGGGACAGGGUUAACAGAUCUUAGCACAGCUGAGAGUCCAACAAAUAGCACCUGCUAACGGGGCUGCCGGGUACCGGUGUUCAGGUUGUGCACUGCCCAAGGCACCAGCUGAGGAGGCAUGUGGGGGCUGAAAUCCAGCCCGGGCUCCGCUGGCACAGAAAAGAGUUGUUUUCAUCCCCCCUUACUUAUCCGUUGGGGAGGAAGGGCUUCCCACCCAUGGUUAUGGGGAUGGCCUAACAUUGGACGGCUCAGGCCAGCAGCGUUCAUUACUCACAGGUGUUCACGGCUCAGGGCGAGUGGCGCCAUGCAGCACGCAGGGCGCGUGGGGCUGCACGCAGGAACAGCGUGAACCACCAGGGGCUGUGGGAGGAAGGCUUUGCAGCACCAAGAAGGCAGAGUGACCCCUGGUUCCCGGGGGAGGAUGUGAUCGGCUUGUCUGAGGAAUCCCACCCAUUGACAGGGCAC